UCUAAAGAGAAGAAGUAAUAUAAAGUCAAACGAACGGCUAAUAAGUUUUUUUUAUUUCGUUUUAGUAUGAAAUUGUCAUACGUAUACUAUUAUUGAAUUAAAUUCAAAACGAAGUUAAUAUUUUUACAUAAAGUAAAAACAGUAGAAAAUUUAAAAUGAAUUUUCUUCAAACAUUUUAUGGGAUAUUUUGUAUAACUUUUGUAUAUGUUUUAAACACACAACAAGUGAAUGGAGCUAACUUACUUAAUAGUUAUUUGCCAGCAUCUAUGCAGGCUUUAGCCUACUAUAUCGAUCAUCUGCAAUAUGAGCCGCUAUCAUCAACAACUGUAGAGCCACCAUUUAGCGAUACCACCGAGCAAAGUACUAACAAGGAUGGUAGCAGCACUACUACAUCAACUCCAACAACUAAUCGACCUUUUAGUUCUACAACGUCUAGUUGGUGGCAUCCCCCUACCUGGUGGGGCCAACCUUCAACUACAACACAGAAACCUAGCCAGAAACCAACGCCACCCCAUAAGCCGGCAUUAUACGCACCCGUAUUAUCUAACCUAUUAAAGCUACCCGCAGAAGGUUAUGAUAUAUUCUACGAAUUGGGCAGUACACCCGAAGGAUUUAAUAAUUUGCCGCUGUCAUUGAUACGAGACAUAAUAACGGAGAUAAAUCACGAUGAUUUCAAUAAUGAUGUCGAGUCUUUGGAUAAUUUCUUGCGUUUAUAUGAUGACAAUUAUGGUCGUGCCACCUUAGAUGCAGAUUCAGCUAUGGAUCGUUGGUCUACUACCUCAACUGCUGGCAAAAAACGCGUUCCCCCCACCAAACCUUAUGUAGAGUUUUUAUUGGUGUAUGAUCUUCUAAAACGUGAUGCUAAAUCUUCUAACCUCAGUAAAUAUGAGGGUUAUUCGAAUGAACUUUUAAAGGAUUUGAAUGAAUUGUCGCGUAUGUCGUCGCAGCGACAACUUUAUACACUUUUCCAACGCAUGCUCGAUCGUGGUGACAUUCAACGCAGUGAUGUUGUAUCACGCAUCCAAGGCAUUGUUAAAGAUUUGGGUAAUCCAAAAAGUGCCACCGUUCAAGCGCUUCGUUAUAUUCCUGCUAUGCCGUUUUUACCUUAAAUAAAAUAUUUUUAUAAAAUUAAAUACAUAUGUAUGUGUAUUUUGUUGUGAAUAAAAUUAUGUUGCAAAGAAAUCUAUAUAAUUGUGUAAUUAUGGUGUUUUGAAAUGAAAGAAAAUAAAGCCAAAUUUUUUGUAUAAAACUGAA